AUGGAUAGGAAUUGCAGUGAAAAUGGCAAAAGCAUCAAAUUGUUUGGUUUUGAGAUCACUACAACAACAACGAGUUCUGCUGCUGCACUAACGUCUGAAAAAGAUUUCAUGGGAAGGAAAAUCAAGAAAGGAAAUCGAUGGACAGAGGAUGAACAGAGAGCAUUCUUGAAAGGAUUGAAUUUUCAUGGAAAAGGAAAUUGGACUAACAUUGCUAAGGAUUUCGUGCCUAGUAGAACGUCGACACAGGUUGCUAGUCAUGCUCAAAAGUACUUCCUGAGAUUAUUGGAUGCUAAUUCCAAUGAGAGAAAAAAGCGCAAGAAAUCAAGUGUUUUUUGA